AUGUCCACUUCCAAUCAGCCUCAGGAGACAUCCGCGCACAGGUCCUCUCCCCGCGUCCUCCGAGCCUGUGACCGAUGCCGCUCGCGUAAGGUGCGCUGCGAUGGAAAUUCGCCUUGCGCAGGUUGUCGCCCAGGUGGGCAUGCUUGUUUCUUUCGUCCCCCACGGCAGACUCGUCAGAAGAGACAGCAUACUCAGAGACUACCCUCAACAUCUGCGCAGAUCUCUCUUCCAGAAUCGUCCCCAGUAAUAUCAUCGCGCUCCACAGCCCGCGCGCUCCACGACCCAGUGCAGUUCAAACGACAAAUGGAGCUUCGAGCUGGCAUUGGUGUCACCAAUGUGGACACAGGCUCUUUUCAAUUUUACGGACCUUCAUCUCAUUUUUGUUUCAUCCAACGCAUGUGUCAGAGGAUGGCACAAAAAACAAAUGAAAGCAUGUUUACUCCUAGAGCAUCGACUGCGGACAGCUUGGGCAAAUGGAAUCUCGAGCGCUUCAUGUUCUCGGUAGACGUCAAUCGACCACUCAGUACCGCAUCCGACGCUUUUAUCUCACGCGAGAUGGGCAUCAAACUAAUCGAAACUUUCUUUAAAAUAAUCCACCCCCAGAUGCCGGUGCUCAACUAUACUGAGAUUAUCGAGCAAUGGGAUGAAAUUGGCAAGCCACCGGGGCAGCAGACCUCCAGAAAAGGCAAAGAGAUCUUAUUUAUGGUGCUAGCUAUCGGAGCCAGGGCUGCCAUUGCUGAAGACCAGCACGAUACUUCUGUGCUACAAAAUUGGGCGGAGUACUUCACAUCAAAGGCAAAUGGUUUACACGCCACUUUCGAAGAUCUCAGUCUAUCAUCUACCAUUUUUCUGCUCCUCAAGACCAUGUAUGCCUAUCAGGUUAUGCGACCCAAUGAUGCUUGGCUGUACAUAGGUCAUGCAGCCCGUAGUGCAAUGGCGCUGGGUAUCAAUCGACAGCAGGUGGUGAAUGGAAACAAUUCAACGAUGCACUCCCUGAAACGCACUUUCUGGUUAAUAUACGGCUUUGAAAGAUCAUGUUCGAUAUACACAGGUCGUCCUUCUACCUUCCGAGACGAGUUGAUUGAUGCUCCAUACCCUGAAGACCUCCCAGUGCCAACCACAACGGAGAGCACAAAGGGAGAUUACUCGGGCCCAUUACUACUAUGUGGUUAUGUUCGUGGUAUGGCUGAUCUUGGACGUGCAGCUGAUCGAGUUUUCUUGGAAAUUUACUCUCCCAAAAACGUCUCUACCAUAUCGCAUCCCGUCCGAGGGCACGAUGCUACGACCGAGGUCGAGGCGUUGCUAGAGUCAGCUACUCGUGGGCUCCCGCUCUAUCUUCACUUCUUUGACACCAUGUUGCCGCUAGGACAGGGGUGGCAGGAAAUGCAACGGCUCUUGCUAGGGUGCACAUACCACCUCGUCCGCAUGCUUAUGCAUCGACCCGCUCUCCUCUUCGCUGCUCUCUUUGAUUCAAGGGAAGAAGCCCAGAGAAACGCAGGUGAAUUCGAUAUUGAGUUCUCUAUCCGAGAAACAAUAAAAGCCGCUAGAAACAUUAUUGAUCUGACCCAUGAUGUCUAUUUCCGACGGUAUCCGCAAGCACGAUAUGAUGGCUCAUCUGCAGCUAUUUUAGUCUCGGCUUGUGUGACGCUCUUGUACGACGUUCUGGAUCCAAGAACUGGCGCAGCCCAUGCCAAAGACGUAUUUAGCGUCGUUGAACGAGGGGUCGAGUGUCUCGACCAAAUUCACCACCUUGGCCAGACUACAGGAAAGUCCUUGAGCCUUGAUGUUAUGAAGAUUGCCAAGGAUACUCUGCGCUCCUCCACUGUUGAUCCAGAGUUGAGCCAAAAUUUGUUCGGUGAAUUCCCCUGGCUACAGUAUAUCAGUCCUCCGGGAAAUGCCCCCCUUGCUAGUACUUCGCCGGGCACCCUCGCCGUCCCUUCUUCUAUGGAUGCUCAACAUGACUUCUCUCAGGCUCAUAUCCCGGAGGCAAAUUACAUGUCCCAUUGGCUGGAAGCAGGCUUCGCUCCGGAGGAUAUCCCGAGCUGCUUGUUUUGA